AUGAGUGCUGAAACGGUGUCAUCCGGGAGCGCCGCGGGACACACGGGGGAGGAAACACUUAUGACGGCGAUCCCCCGGCGAUUUCUCCUGCCAAUGCCGGAGAAGCCGGCGCGCGAAGGUGCCGCCCACGGCAAGCAUCCGCCGGCGCACGAGAUGAUGCGAAACGAUCCAUACGCCAAGAAAGUCGCGCAUGGCCCGAGUUGUGGGCCGGUGUCCCGCUACCGCGUCCCCGUAAGUCGACCGUUGCCGCUCCACACGCUGGAGGCCAUCCCGGAUCGUCGCGAAAGGGCGCUGAAUGUUGAAAGCUCUCUUGCGCCACUUUUUCGUGGCUCGACGGAGGGCGCCGCACUGCCGGAUUUUUUAACACCGUCGGGAAGCAACCGCCGACGCGAGAUUGAGGAGCGAAAGAAGCAGGAGCAGCGUGUCCGCAGCGACCCGGAUGCGAAAAGGCGCGCCAAUGAGCCCAGGCGCAUGCCGAACCUUGAAAGGAAGGUGCCGAGGGGCUUCGUCCCGCAGUGCGCAAAUGUUGUGAAGAAGGCACCCCUGAGCCGCAGCGAAAAUGAGUAUCGAUCGACGAAAAGGGGCAACAGAACGGCAAAGCGGAGCAAAAGCGAAGAGUGA